AUGCUACAAAAGAUAACAAGAAUCUCCGUAGGAGUCAUUCAUCGAUUCAGCAGGCCCCUACCUAAAAGGAAAUCUGCCGAGGUCAUUAUAAUCUAUCCAAGAGAAUUAGCUCGGGGACUAGGAAGAGGCAGAGAGGACACAGCGAGCUGGGGCCUUGGGCGCAGCGAACGAGGAAGACCCCUAGAGGAGGCCGCGCAGGCAGAAUCGACAAUGCGCUGCUGCGCCGGCAGAUAUUGGCAUGCGUUCUGCAAUGUCACCAGCGGAGAUGAGCCAUUACCAGGGAGAUCACUCCUAGGCUGGCUUCGCACCUGUGGACUCUCCACACCCUGGGGUAAGAAACCUUCCUUCUUCUGGAGACUUAUAAUACCUUGCUACAACGCCCUUCUUGUUAUCAUGGUCUGCUACAUGCUCUUCUUGUAUAUCUACCCCAUCAUGAAGAACUCCAUACCUUUUGCGGAAUUGUGUCUCUUAGGAAAUGGAUUUGCAUUAUUGGGAUGCAGCCUGGCCAUCACAUUGUACUUGGUGCUGUUCAAAGGGAAGUUGAAAGUGAUCAUAGACGACAUGGACUCCAUCGCAGCUACCAUCCAUCAGAACGAGGUGGGAGGCGCAGAGUUCUUGCAUGAGAUGUACAGGAAGAAGGCCAAGCUGAUGAUGGUGCUCACUAACAACUCGAUAUACUUCGGCUUCCUGACCCCCGUCAUCUUCUGCUGGUCCGUCCCCACGAUCGGCUGGCUCUCCGGCAACUACCGGGCCAACCUGCCCAUCCAGAUCGACUGUCCUUACGACUACCACGCUCCGCUGGUUUACGAACUGAUGGUGCUCUUACUGUCCUGUUGUCUUGCCAUUUCUACGACGAAAAAAGCAGCUACAGACUGUCUCUUCAUGUCACUCUUCAACAUCCAGAUUACGUUUCUCAAAUACCUGAGCGUAACAAAGCGUUAUUUUCAAGACGAUUUCCGAAGCACCAAUAACGCAUUGAUUAAAAGAAAACUUAUCAUCUGGAUCAGGCUUCAUCAAGAAGUGAAUUUGAACAUACAGCAGCUCGUGGCAAUAUUCUCACCGCUCGUAAUUCUGUACAGUGUGGCUAUAAUCAUCAUCGUAGUUUGUGGAGCAUUUGUCCAGAUUAUGAACGACAACAAUAAUCUUAUCCAAUCGAUGAGUAUUGGAAUAUACGUUGCGAUGACUUUCCUCUACCAAUUUCUGAUGUCCCGGACUGCAGAUGAGCUCAAUAAUGAGGCAAAAAAGUUGGCAUUCUUCGCCUAUGAUCUUCCAUGGUACGAAAUGAAGAAGCCAGACGCCGACAUGGUGCGGAUGGUGAUCCUUAGGGCGAACAGGCCCAUCCAAGUCACUGCUUACUGCGCCCCCAUAUUCAUGCUAAACAGGGAGACCUUCAGGGGGAACUUGUUUCACUUCGGGAUCAGCGGUUCAUUAUACGGGUGCAGCUUGUCGAUCACUUUAUACAUAGCGCUGUGCAGAGGAAGGCUUAAGAUGAUCACUGGAGACUUGGACUCAAUCGCAGAGACUAUCUUCAGGAACGAGCUUGGGGGUGCAGACUUCUUAGAGCAGCUCUACAAGAAGAACUCUAAAGUGAUGGCGGUCCUGACAAACAACUCCAUCUUCAUCAGCUUCAUCACACCGGUGACCUUCUGCUGGUCUGUCCCCUUCAUCAGUUGGCUCGGAGGCAGGUACAGGUCCAGGCUUCCCAUCCCCAUCGACAGCCCUUACAACUACAGGGUGCCCGUCAUCUACGAGCUGAUGGUGGUCUUGAUGUCUUCCUGCCUGGUCAUCGCCUCGUCCAAGAAGGCCGUAGCAGACUGCCUCUUCAUGUCCAUAUUUAACGCACAGAUUACGAUCCUCAAAUACCUCUAUUUCGCGAAAAAAUAUUUGCUCAAGAACAAUGCGUUUGAUCGUAAUAAGCUUGUGACAUGGAUUAAGAUUCAUCAAGAAAUAAACGAGAAUAUAAGGCUGCUCAUCGAAACAUUUUCUCCCCUCCUGAUAAUAUAUAGUGUGGGUGUGGUAACCAUCGUUGUCAGUGGAGCGUCUGUGCUUGUGAUGAAUGAUAACAACAAUCUAAUACAGCCAAUAAGCAUCGGGACUUUUAUUGCCAUUACGGUCCUUUAUUAUUAUCUUCUAUCCAACACUGCAGAAGAACUCGGUACAGAGGCACAGAAGUUGGCAUUCGUGGCUUAUGACCUUCCAUGGUAUGAAAUGAAGAAAUCAGAAGCGGAUAUAGUGCGAAUGUUGAUCUUCAAAACCAACAACCCAAUUCAUGUCACCGCCUACUGCGCACCUGUAUUCAUGUUGAACAGAGAGACCUUUAAUGGAUUUAUGGUGACAACAAUUUCUGCUUUUUUAACACUGAGUCAGAUAAAAGAUCGUUUUGACUGAGGAAGUUUUAACCAUGUGGUGAAUCUCAAAUGGAAAUCAACUCAAC